AUAUUCUUGCUUUUCUUGUUGAGAGGAUACGUUGUUUCGGGUCUUCACGGGUGGCGAACCAGCGGAAUUGAUCUUAAGGGUCAUUGGGUGGCAGGCUCACUUUACGUUUUGGCCUUAUGUUCUUGUACAGCAUCUAUUUUGUCUACGUACUAUUCCCCCUCUGUUUCAUUUGUCUUGGACUCUCCACACCCGAUUGGAUAUCCAUGAGUCAGCUGCCAAACAAUUUUUUCAUUUCUUACUCGUUUAUAUGUUGGAAUGGAACGCAACAACACCAUUGGUGUAUGCAGCACAUAUGGUUCCCUACUUUGGCAAAAGAGCGCACCUGUCAGCCAGGUUCGGAACACAAUUGUUUGGCCUGGAAUCUGAUUCGCAGAAUUGACUUUCUAGUGCCCCCUGUAUAGACCAAUGAAUGCAGCACAGUUGACCGAUCUUCAUGGAACGUGUCGUGCUGCGGGCAUCGGUGUUUGCUCUGUGACGUCCGCAACGUCCC